AGCAGCCCAGAAGAAAACCAUCUCUGUCUAUGAAGGCUUGUUUCCCUUGCAAACAGAAAAGCAGCGGCGGCAGCAGCAGCAGCAGCAGCAGCAACAGCAGCCGCGAUCAGAGCCAGUGCACAGACUGGAGAGAGGUAAAGGGAGACUGAAGCUGUUACAUAAACUACCCCUGAAGGACAGGCAUUCCACUUGCAGCAAAAUAAUAGGAAGGAGGAUCGCUUGCUUUGCGCAGAGGCUGAGCCACAGGAGAAAGCAAAGCCAGUGUGAUUUAUUGAAUGAAAGCUCUGGACAAUUACCAACAACUUGUUCCCCUGCUGCCUCGAGCAACCUAAACUGGAAUUUCCGGGUGAAAAUGACGCAACAAAUGCAGAACUUACAUCUUUCUCAAUCAAAAAAACAUAGUGCUCCAUCCUCUCCCAAUGCUGCCAAACGCCUGUACAGGAACCUUUCUGAGAAGCUGAAGGGGAGUCACUCAUCAUUUGAUGAGGCCUAUUUCAGAACAAGGACUGACAGGCUGAGUCUCCGAAAGACCUCAGUGAACUUCCAGGGCAAUGAAGCUAUGUUUGAAGCAGUUGAACAGCAAGACAUGGAUGCUGUGCAAAUCCUUCUCUAUCAAUAUACACCAGAAGAAUUAGAUCUCAACACACCAAACAGUGAGGGACUGACGCCGCUGGACAUUGCCAUCAUGACCAACAAUGUACCCAUUGCUAGGAUUCUUCUGAGAACAGGGGCCCGAGAGAGUCCACACUUCGUCAGCCUGGAGAGUCGAGAGAUGCACCUCAACACUCUGGUGCAGGAAGCCCAGGAGCGGGUGAGUGAACUGUCCGCUCAGGUGGAGAAUGAAGGAUUCAGUCUGGACAACACAGAGAAAGAGAAACAGCUGAGAGCUUGGGAAUGGAGGUACCGGCUCUACAGACGUAUGAAAACGGGCUUCGAACAUGCCAGAGCCCCUGAGGUGCCAACCAAUGCCUGUCUCAUGGUAACCAGCAGCACGGCGCUCACUGUCAGCUUUCAAGAGCCUCUUAGUGUCAACGCAGCUGUAGUAACCAGAUAUAAAGUGGAAUGGAGCAUGUCUAAAGACUUUUGUCCUUUGGCUGGAGAGAUUAUCUUGGAAAACCUGCAGACACUGAGAUGCACAAUCACUGGACUUACCAGGGGUCAACAGUAUUUUGUUCAAGUCUCAGCUUAUAACAUGAAAGGAUGGGGACCAGCUCAGACCACGACGCCAGCCUGUGCUUCUCCUUCCAACUGGAAAGACUAUGAUGACAGAGAGCCUAGACACAAGGGACAGAAUGAAGUCUUGGAAGGUCUCCUGCAGCAGGUCCGAGCCCUUCAUCAGCAUUAUAGUUGUCGGGAAAGUUCAAAAUUACAAACCACCGGUCGCAAGCAGUCAGUCUCAAGGAGCCUGAAACACCUCUUCCAUUCCUCAAACAAGUUUGUUAAGACCUUAAAACGGGGGCUCUACAUUGCCAUUAUAUUUUAUUACAAAGACAAUAUGCUAGUCACCAAUGAAGAUCAAAUACCAAUUGUUGAAAUAGAUGACUCUCACACCAGUUCCAUAACACAAGAUUUUCUGUGGUUCACAAAGCUGUCUUGUAUGUGGGAAGAUAUAAGGUGGUUGAGGCAAAGUGUACCCAUCUCCAUGUCCUCAUCCACAGUCCUCCAAACACGGCAGAAGAUGCUCGCAGCAACAGCCCAGCUACAGAAUUUACUUGGAACACACAACUUGGGAAGAGUUUACUAUGAACCCAUUAAGGACCGGCAUGGAAACAUCCUCAUAGUUACCAUCAGAGAGGUAGAGAUGCUCUAUUCAUUUUUCAAUGGCAAGUGGAUGCAGAUCUCGAAACUGCAGAGCCAGAGAAAGUCUCUUUCAACACCAGAGGAGCCUACAGCUUUAGAUAUUUUACUGAUAACCAUACAGGAUAUUCUCUCCUAUCACAAAAGGAGUCAUCAGCGUCUCCCUCCUGGACUAUAUCUCGGUUACUUAAAGCUCUGUAGCUCUGUGGAUCAGAUCAAAGUUCUUGUCACUCAGAAGUUGCCCAACAUUCUCUGCCAUGUAAAGAUUCGAGAAAACUUUAACAUUUCCAAAGAAGAGUGGGAAUGGAUCCAAAAGCUUUCUGGCUCUGAAUCUAUGGAAAGUGUGGAUCAUACUUCUGACUGCCCCAUGCAAUUGUUCUUCUACGAGCUCCAGAUGGCAGUGAAAGCUCUCCUUAAGCUGAUCAAUAUACCUCUACACCAGGCAAGGAACUUCCGUCUCUACACACAGGAGGUGUUGGAAAUGGGUCACAAUGUGUCCUUUCUUCUCCUGCUCCCUGCCUCAGACGACGUCUGUACAGCCCCGGGACAGAAUAAUCCUUACACCCCACACUCAGGGUUUCUUAACCUCCCUCUUCAGAUGUUUGAACUUGUUCAUUUUUGCAGCUACAGGGAGAAAUUUAUUAGUCUGUAUUGCCGCCUUUCUGCUGUUAUGGAGCUGGAUUCUCUGAAUACUCAACAGUCCCUGAGGGAAGCAAUCUCAGACAGCGAGGUUGCAGCUGCCAAACAAAGACACCAGCAAGUUUUAGACUUCAUUCAGCAAAUAGAUGAAGUUUGGCGUGAAAUGAGAUGGAUCAUGGAUGCUCUACAGUAUGCAAGAUACAAGCAACCAGUUUCUGGAUUAUCCAUCUCUAGGCUUAUUGACGCUUCCGAUGAGCAAAACCUAAAGAAGAUCAGUUCUACGUCAUCACAUAUUGACUGUCUUCCAUCCCCGUCCCCAUCCCCAGAGAUGCAUAGAAGAAAGGCUGUUAGUGAUUCGCAGCCCGGCUCGGAUGAGGAAGGCUGCUCCGAAGUCUUCCUUCCCACCGACAGCGACUACGACUCCAGCGACGCGCUGAGCCCCCGCGACCUGGACCUGCUCUACCUGUCGUCGCAGGACAUCGCGCAGCAGGCGCGCAGCGGCCUCAGCGGCAGCGCCCCCGACGUGCUGCAGGUGCACGACAUGAAGCCGCCGCCGUCGCCGUCGCCGUCGCCGUCGGGGCCGCCGCCGGGCCACGAGCGCCCGGCCCGGGUGCAGGGGCUGGAGCCCGACCCCUCCUGCGCCGAGUUCCUCCACGGCCUGACGCUCGCGGCGGCGGCGGCGGGGGGCGGCCUCCCGCCCAAGAACCACGUGCAGGCGGCGCCGGGCGCGCGGCCGCCCCUGGGCUUCCUGGGGAAGCGGAAGCCGCCGGCGGCCAAGCACCACCAGCACUACGGGGGCUUCAGCCGCCACCACCGCUGGCUGCGCAUGCACAGCGAGACGCAGUCGCUCUCGCUCUCCGAGGGCGUCUACACGCAGCAUCUCUCCAGCGCCCGCGGCCUGGCCACCGGGCAGCGGCGCCGGCACGUGGAGCGCGGGGGCCCUUCCCCGGAUGGGCCCCGGGCCCUGGCUCUGGCCCACUCCACCAGCCUCCCGGAGGAGCGGAGGAGCCACCUGCGGGACCCGCGGCCCUCGGUGCACCGGAUCUACGUGGAGCCCUACUCCGAGGCGAUGGUGGACACGAAGGCCUGGGUGGGCUUGAGCCCAGCCCCCGGGGCCCACACUGGCUUGCCCAGCCCCACCAGCUCCGAGAGGAGCCCCGAGGGCUCCACCACUCCCGUGUCAGACAUCCUCAGCAGCAUGCUAUAGGAACCCGGGUCCACCUCUGUUCCACUUCAAAGCCUGAAUUUUCCCGUAUCUUUGCCCCUGCCUGCCCGCUCUCCUACUGUAUUCCCAUGCGUUUUCCAGCGGCUUGAACGUUACAGUUGCAAGUGACAGGUUCUAGGCCGUCAUUCUUAUAGCAGAGUGUCCGUGAGCGCCAGGGUCCUCUCCAGUCCAUCCUGACAGGGUAGGUAGGAGGUUUGCUACCUGGAGUCCCUGAACACAAAGGAUCAAACAUACCCAGCUGUCCAUUGGCCCCUGUGGCUGGGUAGAGCAGUCCAAAGAACCACCCUCCAUUCUAGAGCUGGACCUGUAAUCUGACCUCUGGGUUUAGCGCUCUGUCAUCAAUUUGUGGUUGAUGGGGUAGGAAAUUAUUUAGGUGAAAAUUUGAUUAGCGCAGAUUUCUCUCCACUUGAAACCUUGAAACCCUUAGAGGAUUUUGUGGGGGAAGAGUCCUAAACUGUGUUUCAAGGGUCCAGACACAGAUGAACCUAUCUAGAUUCCCUGGAAGCUGCUAAAUCAUUCCAAAGCACAGAGUUCCCAUCCUCUCUGAACAGGCCUUUUCUUCACCUAGUGGUGCGUGCUAACACCCAGAAGUAAAGGUAGGGGAGCUUCUAGUUCCAUCUUGAAAAGACAGAAGAAGGUAGGAAGCAUCUCUACUUGCAAGCUCGGCUCCAAUUCAAGCAUGAAGCAGGGCCAUAAAGUAUUCCAGGGUAUACAGAGAUAACUGAACUGCAUGAAAUCCUGCAGAUAGAUAAAGCAAGGGGAAGGAAAGUAACAUUCGCAAAAGUGUAUGUUUUUCAGUCCUAAAAUAAGUAAAUCUGUGGCACCCGAUCUUUGGAAAUGAUGGAUCUCUUAGAUGAUAGAAUUGUCAUUGGAUAUGAAAAUUCACUUCAAACUAGCAAUGACAGCUGAACUCCUUAUUGCUAAGUAAACAAGAUCAACUCUGUCCACAUCACAGGCCAUGGAACAGAUUGUUCUGGACUUGGGUGGAUGCCUUCCCCAGUCAACCCAUCUCUCCCAAACUCAGUCUUUUCCCCACAUCUGCUGGCCUCUUCCUGAAAGGCCCCACCAGUGAUUCCCAAUCUAUCCUCAAAGACUCAUGAAAAUCCUUCCUUGGACCCAUGGCCUCCCACCUGCCUUUCUCACAAGCAAGACAGGCAAAUCAAAGAAAAAUCACCCUGUAUAUUCAAAACAGGGCAUGAGUCUUCUCUAAUUUCCUGGAACGAAAACUCAUUCAGUUCAUUGAUAUUCUAAAUAGUCCUUUCUUGCUUCAUAGGCAUUUCAGUUAAAUAUUACUCUUUAUGGCCCUUCCCCUGUCCUCAACAGUUCUACCAUUCCUCCUCAUGGGAGUUCAUACAAAGUCUCCUGUUCACAAUGUUAUUCCGAUCCUUUCCAUUUUUAAAACAUUUGAUUUAAACAUAAAUAAUUACCCUGGCAGAAAGGUAGAUUUGGCCCAUGGCCUAUGGUCAUUAGAAAAGUAAAGCCCAGAGCUCAGUCUUUAAGAGAUUUUAUACUCAAUGAACCCCUCAAAGACGCUUGAUCAGAAUUAUUGCAGCUCCUUUUCCAUUUAACAUGCUGUUUUCUUCUGUUCUGAGUGAAUUCUUCACACAUGAAGUAUUAGAGCUACAAGGGACCAUAAAAUGAGUCUAAGUCAUUGCAUUUACAGAGGCAAUUAGGCACAGAGAGGUUAAGUGAUUUGCUCAAGGUCACAGAGCUAGUUUAAGUCCUGGAAUUAGCUCCAGAAUCCAUAACCAUUUCCCUCGUAAGGGGCGGUCCUGUGGGAAUUGCUGUAUCCCUAGUCACCUCUUUCUAUGGGAUGCUUGCAGAUCGUUCUAAUUUCAAAUUCAUCUCUUUUCUUCGACCUUCUUUAACCUAACCAAUAUCUAAUUUCAGUAAGCUUCUUGUGGCCAGGAAAUACAAAGUUUAUGUAAUAGACAUUUGGGCAAAGUCAAUUAACUAAAAGCAAAUUUGGGAGAAAGUACAUUUAAGAUGACAUACAAUGUGACUACCAUUUAAUAACAAGAAUGACAGUCAUAUGUACUCAGUUUCUACUUAUUUCUAGUGAUCAGACAAAUUUUAUAUGUUGAGGACUGGAGCAAUAGCACAGCAGGUAGGGCGUUUGCCUUGCAUGCAGCCAACCCAGGUUUGAUUCCUCCACCCCUCUCGGAGAGCCCGGCAAGCUACUGAGAGUAUCUCGCCCACAUGGUAGAGCCUGGCAAGUUACCCGUGGUAUAUUCAAUAUGCCAAAAACAGUAACAACCACUCUCACAAUGAGACGUUACUGGUGCGCGCUUGAGCAAAUCAAUGAACAAUGGGACGACAGUGUUAGACAGUGCUAGAGGGCCAGAAAGAGAAUAAAGUAGGUAAUGCACUUGCCUUGCACACAGCUGAUACAGGUUCAAUCCCCAGGUCCACAUAUGGUCCCCCAAGUCCCUCUAGGAAUGAUCCCUAUACACAGACCAAAGUGGCCAGGAGUAAACCCUGGAGUAAGUUUUUGGGUGUCACCAAAAAACAAACAAACAAAAAAACAUGUAUGUUGGAUGGAUUUGUAAGAUGAGAUGCUGAAAUCAAGAAUGAAGAAGCCAAGAAAUUUUCCUAUCAAGACAUAUAAUAAUAUGGAGGCAAGUUGUGUGACUGAAUUAGAUGGGAGGGAUUCAACAAAUUGCAAAGGCUGAGAAUGACCCAUCAUUCUGACCCUUUAUUUUGCUCAGCAAGUUUUGGCACACUGAACAAAAUAACAACAUGUGGUAUAAAGGUGUGUUAAAGCCAACCCCACUAACUUAUUUUCAGGACACAGGGCCUUUUUCAUCUUCUACAAGGAAAAAAUGCAUCCCCAUAAAGUGAAAAAUGUAUAUUAGAUUUCAAUGGACACGCAAUCUACUUGAAAAUCUGUUUUCCUAGCAAUAUACCUAUAAAAGGGGAUGCUCUAUAUUCACUAAUUAGCUAUUGGUUCACAUAGUUUCCCUCCACCCUUACCUCCACUUUGCAACAGUUUGUGAGUCUAAUUUAAAUGAACACAUUCUUGUGGGAGAAAUUUUACUAAUUCAUCCUCCUUUAUUCAUUUGGCCAGUCUUAUAAUUAUAGAAACUUUACAAUGUCUAGGGAUAUUUUAAAAUUUAUUUUUUUAUCUUGUUCCAAUUACUUAGUUUGCUUUGGAUAUGAUGGAUUUAUGUCUUUCAUUCUUUUUAAAUUCAGUCUGAGAGCAUCCAGAUAAAGGUUUCCUGCCUCAGGUCUUCUUUUGCUCAGUUUUUCCUCACAGAGCCAAUUCUCACCUGUAUUUUCAGCUCCAAUUAUUUGUAAAAGCACUCACCUAUCAUUGACUGUCUCCAUAUGUCUGUCUCUACUUCAAGUCCAAUGGAGAACAACAUAUUAAGUCAGAAACACAUUUCCAGGUCGUAAUUCACUCACAACCUAGCACGAGUAUUGUCAUCAUCAUUAUACAUCUUCUCAUUGAUGUCUUAGUAAAGGUAGGAGUCCAUUCCUCCAGCCAGCUGACAUACUGCAUAUGAAGCUAGAUAUCCUUGAUUUUAUUCUUGCUGUCUGCUCAGAAGAGAAGACAGCCUGGAAAUUGCAAGUCACCAUUUUAGAUGCUUGGCAGUCAUUUACAAAACUAUCACAUCCUCUUAAUUGAUAAGAAGUAACUAAAAGACAGUAAUUAAAAACAGUGACUCUAGGGAAUUGGUAUUUAAAGCAGAGGGUAUUUAAAGAUGAGACUUGUUUCAUUUUAAAGAACACUCACUAAUGCUCCGAGCAAUAAUUACACUGUAGAAAAUGGUUCCAUUUGGUUUGAAAGUUAAAGCCAGUUAGUAAUAAUAUUCCACCAGCCCCCUUUCCUGAAGGAUCCCAAAGCACUUUAUUAAAAGCAAUGACUGAAGCCUUGUUGUACUCCCCUAAAAAGACCUUGUCCGGGAGCCACCUGGCAAACACUGACCCCAUCCUUGCCAGCAGAUCGUGCCAGACAAGUGGAAAGAGGACUGGCCUCUCAUUCAUUGUUAUCCUACCACACGAGCUUGCACCCUGGUAACUGUUGUGAUUUUUCUCCUGAAGACAAUUUUAGACAAGGAGACAUACCAGAAAACCCCAACUCCUUGGCCUCCUCUUCUACUUCCAGUUCCACCCAAGAGGUACUCACUUUCUCUUGGAGAUGCAGCAACUCAAGCUGUUAAGGGGUCUGCAAUACAUUUCAGUUUUCUAGCCACGUCAAUAGCACAUAGAAUUCAUUGGCUUCUUAAAAUUGGCACUUGCUAGAAAGGUGAUAGUUGUUCUAUAGCUCUUUCCAUCUUGCGUGUAGCAGCACAACAGCGAAUUUAAGUCUGAGCAUAUUUAUUUAACUCUAAUAUUCCAAUGAGAAUAUUUCUAGAGUAACAAGAAAAUGCUGGGAGCAUUAAAAUAUAUUAUCACUUUAUAGUAAAUAAUUUUCUAGAUGAGUCUAUGAAGCAAUGCUGAAAUGUUUAUUGGGUUUUUUUCCCCUGGACAUAACUUAAAAGGAAAAAUUUUUAGGAUGUAUUUGGAAAGCAAUGAUACCUCUUCACAGGUUGUAGGGUGAACAAAGGAAAAACUUGUUUCUUUACCGUACCUUCGAACACAUGGCUUAUGACUGUUAAGCUAAACUUCAAUGCAGCCUUAUAAACAACAGAAGUAGUGUAUUUGAAACUAUGUUGUACAGCUUGGAAACUUAUUCUAAGAUCUUAAUUCAGAGUUUUUCUGAGGUGUUGAACUUUGCCAUUAGCAAAAAGUAUUUUUAGAAAAAUCCAUUGACUGUUUAUGAAGUACUGAUUUUGCCAUAUUUCUGGUCUCUGGUUUUCCACCACAUCAGCAUACAGUAGUGUUUUUUGGGGUUUAUUUUUAUUUUGUUCUGUUUGUCUGUGUGUGUGAUUGUUGUUUCAAUUACUUCUUCUGUCUUCAUUAAGAGUGAAUUUGCAAGAUAGUUGUUGAAGGGGACAGUUGAUUUUGUUUAACAAUUGGAUAGUUAGACUGAAAAUAUUUUAUUGUGAUAAAGGAAGUAAAAGUUUGUUAUUAUUUUAAAUAUUUUCUUAGGGCCUUUACCCUCCAGUUAGAUGCUGUCUUCACUUUAUAAGAGCCAGUAUUUAAUUUAGCAGUACUUGUGAGGAAACUUUCAGUUAGUCGUUUUUGCUCCUCUUCUUCAGCCCCUUCACAUGCAAGUCUGAAUAUGCUUCUGGAGUAAUGGCGCCUAUUAACUGCAGCCAUCUAGUAGCUGACUGACAAAAGCUAAAUCUGACACAUUGUUAGACUAAAUCACUGAAUUGUUGUGUUGCUUUUUACCUUGUGACAAACCAAAUGUUUUGGGACAUGUGGUGUAUGUAGUCACAAGCAUCAGUAUAA